UGCGAGAGCGGACGCUGUGCCCCCGGGUGAGAGCGCCGGCCACGGCUCCGCGCGGCGUGGGGCCCUCGGGACAGCUGAAUCUUCAGUUUCCUCUACUCUUCCAGGAACUGCAGAAAAUGAACACAUAUCCGGGAUCAGUGUCAUUCGAGGAUGUGACUGUGGAACUCACCCAGGAGGAGUGGCGGCACAUGGGCCCUGCACAGAGGACUCUGUACAGAGAGGUGAUGCUGGAGAACUACAGCCACCUGGUCUCCGUGGGAUAUUGCGUUUCCAAGCCCAAGGUGAUAUUCAAAUUGGAGCAAGGAGAAGAACCGUGGUCUUUAGAGGACAGAUUCCUAAGCCACAAGUACCCAGGUUAUUACAAAGUAGACGUCCACAUCAAGGGAAAUCAAGACAAACAAGGGAAGCCUCUGUGGCAAGUAAUAUUCAUUGGUGAUAAAACACUGAGUAAAGAAGGACAGAAAGUUCUAGAAAAACCAUUUAAUUUGGGCAUAGCUUCAGGUUUUUCAGGAAAAAUAACCUAUAAACAUGAUUCAAGUCAAAUGAAUUUUCCAGUUAUUUCUGAGUUAAUUAUUAGUGAAGGAGAGUAUUCAAGAGAAAAGGCUGAUUACAUGACUGUAUGUGAAAAGUUGCAGCUUGCUAUUAAACACAGGGACACUCAUACUGGAGAGAAAUCUCAUGAAUAUAAUGAAAAUGUGAAAACUGUUAGUGUUAAGAAAGAUCAGCAUCGGAGAUUUCAAACAUUGGAGCAGUUGUUUGAAUGCAGUGAGUUUGGGAAAAUUUUGUAUGAAAAAACUGUCUGCCUUACAGUCGAGAGUUCUCCAACAGCAGAGCAGUGCUGUCAGGAUGUUGAGCUUGGGGAAAACUGUGACAGGACAGCUCUGUUUAGCCACACGAGAGCUGACCCAAGGGAGAAGUGCUCUGAUGUUAGCGACUGUGGGGAAUUCUGCUGCGAAUCCACCAUGGAGGAGUACAGUAAAGUUCACCUGGCUGUAACACACCAGGAAUGUGAUAAAAAUGGUAUUCAUGUCUGUGGGAAGUUACCCCUAAUUCAAGCUCAGAGACCUGUUACAGGACAAAGUGCUCUUGAAAGCAAUCCCUGUGAAGAAAACUUGAGCCAGAGUCCAGCCCACAGAGUACAUCAGGAGAAGCCAAUUGGAGAUAACGUCUGUGAAUGUCCUGGGUGUACUAAAACCUUCUUCCGGAAAUUAGGCCUUAUCACACAUCAGCAAACUCAAGAGAAACCCCGCCAGUCAGGUCUGUACGGGAAACGCAGGGAAUCCUUUUACCAGAAAGCACACCCCAUUCAGCAUCAGAGGACCCACUCAGGGGAGAACCCUUACAAAGGUGAGGAAUGUGGGACAUUCUUCUGUUCACAUUCACACCCUCGUCAGCAUCCUGGAACUCCUAUGGCGUCCAGACUCUGUGAAUGCAAUAAAUGUGGGAACAGUUUCUGUGAGAAGUCAAACCUCAGUGAACACCCGAGGCUUCACACAAAGGAGAAACCUUGUGGUAACCACCACUGCAGGAAAUGUCACCCACCACCCCCCAGGGGACAGCAGAGAACAGACACAGAGAUGAAGAUCUGCCACAGCCGUGAGUAUGCGGAAACCUCCGUGAUGAGACAUCUCCAGGAAUAUCAGAAAGUCCACCCGGGUGGGAAACCCUGUGAACGUGCUGCCUGUGGGAAGACGUUCUCCAAGACGUCACAUCUGACAGCACAUCAGAGCACUCACCGGGGCGAGAGACCCUACGAGUGCGUAGAAUGUGGGAAGACUUUCUCUCACAAGACACAUCUCAGUGCACAUCAGAGAACUCACACUGGGGAAAGGCCCUACGAGUGCAGCCAGUGUGGGAAAGCCUUUGCUGACACUUCGACCCUCAGGGCGCAUCAGAGAAUCCACACAGGCGAGAAGCCCUACGCGUGCCGUGAGUGCGGGAGAUCUUUUGCCCAUGCUUCUGUUCUCAGAGCCCAUGAGAGAAUCCACACAGGGGAGAAGCCCUACGGCUGCCAUGAGUGUGGCAGAUCCUUUACCUAUAACUCGGCCUUCAGAGCCCACCAGAGGGUUCACACGGGGGAGAAGCCCUACGGGUGUCAUGACUGUGAGAAAACCUUUGCCCACCAUUCAGCCCUCAGAGUGCACCAGAGGACUCACACCGGGGAGAAGCCCUACGAGUGCAGCGACUGUGAGAAGACGUUUGCCCACCAUUCAGCCCUCAGAGCUCAUCAGAAAACCCACACAGGGGAGAAACUCCACGAAUGCCAUGAGUGCGGGAAAACCUUUUCCCAGAAAACACACCUCAGCACACAUCGCAGGGUCCACACAGGGGAGAAGCCCUACGAGUGCCGCGAAUGUGGAAAGGCUUUCUCCCAGAAAUCGUACCUCAGUGGACACCAGAGGACCCACACGGGGGAGAAGCCCUAUGGGUGUAACACAUGCGGGAAGCGUUUUGUCUACAAGGCGGCCCUCGUCGUGCACCAGAGAAUUCACAGAGGGGAGAAGCCCUACGAGUGCCGCGAAUGUGGGAAAGCCUUCUCCCAGAGGACACACCUCUGCGCCCACCAGAGAACGCACACGGGGGAGAAGCCCUACGGGUGCCGUCAGUGCGGGAAAACGUUUGCUGAUCGCUCAGCCCUCCGAGCGCAUCACAGGACUCACACCRGGGAGAAGCCCUACGGGUGUACUGAGUGUGGGAAGGCUUUCUCCAAGACGUCACACCUCAGGGCACACCUGAGGACGCGCCUGGGGGAGAAGCCCUACGAGUGUGGCCAGUGUGGGAAAAGCUUUUCCGAGAAGUCGUACGCCAAUGCCCACCAGAGGGUGCACACGGGGGAGAAGCCCUACGAGUGCAGCGAAUGUGGGAAGGCCUUUGCCCAGCACUCAACUCUCAGGGUGCACCAGAGGGUUCACACCGGUGCGAGACCCUAUGAGUGUGGCGAGUGUGGGAAAGCGUUCUCCCAGAAAUCGCACCUUGGUGCCCACCAGAGAAUUCACACGGGGGAGAAGCCCUACGAGUGCAGCGAAUGUGGGAAGGCUUUUGCCCAGMAYUCAACUCUCAGGGUGCACCAGAGGAUCCACACAGGGGACAGACCCUAUGARUGUGAUGAAUGUGGAAAAACUUUUGUCCGUAAGGCAGCUCUUAGGGUCCAUCACACCAGGAUGCACAGCAGAGCAAAAGCCCCAGUGCGGAAUGAGUCUGGAAAGCCCUCGGGGGACUCCCGCCUUACUGCGUGA